UUCACACAGCUGAAUAAAUGUCAAACAGAAAACUGAUUAAACAGAAGUGUGAGAUGGUCGAGAAUCUACGCAAGCGUCCGGUUAUAUUUUAUUUUAUUUAGACAGCAAGGAGCAGACGGCAGAGGUGACGUAAUUAUGAAGGCUAGACCCCCCCAAUUUCACAGUCGCUCAUUUCCGGUCUACCCGGGUUUCGGAGGACCCGGCCCACUUAGACCGCGAAGGCCGGGUCCUCAGGUGGACGCAGCCUCUGGACACCCCCGGAACAGAUGCAGUGACACCAUUCCAGGCUACAGGGAAACAACCGCUCCCAUCUUAAACAGCUGAAAUGGCGCAAUCACAGAUCCGCUUGAAAAUUCUCCCCAGUGUUCGCAGCUUCUUUGACAAGAUGGUGCGAGUAAAAGUAGAGGGACUCACUCCUCACAAACCAGUGGAGCUGAGGUCCAAACUGGUUGAUGACAAAGGUGUCAUUUUCAAAGCCUCUGCCCUGUACAAAGCAGAUGAAAGUGGUCAGGUGGAUGUCUUCCGCACACCCUCUCUGGGUGGCAGUUACACCGGCGUGGAGCCCAUGGGUUUGUUUUGGGCCCUGGCACCAGACGCACCACACACUAAACUCAUGAAGAAGGAUGUGCUCAGCCCAACACGCGUGACCCUGGAGGCUCUUAAUGGAGAGACUGGCGAGGUUUUAGCAUCUGAAUCUAAUGAGAGAGGAUACGUGAUUGAGGGGAUGAAGAGAAUACCUUUACAAGAGGGCAGAAUACGAGGUGUCCUCUUCAUACCACCAGGAAAUGGCCCAUUCCCAGGAAUUGUAGAUAUGUACACUUUUGGUGGAGGUCUUACUGAACCCAGAGCCAGCCUCUUGGCAAGUAAAGGCUUUGUUGUUCUGGCACUGGCUUAUUUGCGUUACCAGGAUCUCCCAAAAAACCCUAAAAACCUGGAUUUGGAAUAUUUUGAGGAGGCGGUCACAUAUCUGAGGAAGCGGCCAGAGGUGAAAGGUCCUGGGAUUGGCGUCAUAUCGAUCUCUCAUAGUGGUACUUUGGCUUUGAGCAUGUCAUCUUUUCUCUCUGGGAUCUCAGCGACUGUCUGUAUUAAUGCCUGUAAUGCAAACACUGUGCUUCCUUUACACUACAAAGACAUUGUAUUCCCGCCACUGCCCCCUGUCUUGGAGAAUGUGAAAUUCACAGACUCUGGGCUUGUAGAUAUACGUGACGCCUUACCAGACCCCACCGAGGGCAAGAACAGGGCGUCUUUGAUUCCAAUUGAACGAGCUACCUGCCAUUUCCUGUUUGCUGCUUCUGAAGAUGACCACAACUGGAACAGCAUGUUUUUUGCCAGUCAGGCUGCUGAAAUUUUGAAAAAGCAUGGCAAAAAAUCCUACGAGGUUGUUACUUAUCCAAAAGCUGGUCACUUUCUGGAUGUGCCGUACAUGCCUUAUUGUUCAUCUGGGUUUCAUCCAGCUGUAGGGCAUGUUGUGGUGUUUGGUGGGGAGCCAAAAGCCCACUCUGAGGCCCAGCUGGACCUGUGGGAAAGAGUCCAGGAGUUCUUCAAGACCCACUUGGGCAACAAGAGCACUUGAUACUGUAUUAAUCCAUCAAGCAUCUCUGAAUGGUUGUUCUUAGAAAUGCUUACCAGUGCCUGUAUUUUCUAAUUAAUAAAAUUGUGAGAACUCCAUUAACCUUCUAGUGUUCUGCAUUGGAAACACUCCCACAACCGUUUGGUUUUAGCUGAGGUUUUUUCAGUAUGUCACGGGCUUGUAGCACAAAAAUUUUCUAUAGCAAAAAGAAACAGAGAUUUUGACUUGUCAUGGGAAGGAAAUGUAAAUGGACUGCACGUAAAGCUGCUUUAAACUACAGAGUUUUGUUGGGGUAGGGUGUGGAAUUUAGUGUCAUCCCCACUUCUUGAUGCAGACUCAAGGUCUGAGUAGUGGUCUACAUCAUAAGCCACAGCCAUCAGCUCAAACUUGAUUGUUUUGUUGAAGUAUCUCACAAAAGUAGAAGACACUUGGACUUUUCCUGCAGUUACAUGACAUAAUGUCUACCUAUAAAAUAACCUACAUAUGAUUACUUCUUCUCCACUGACAUGAUGUUGGUACAGAACCAGUUCUGCUUUUGUGCUAUUUGUAACUUCAUGUCCACAUGGGUUGGACAUGAAAAAAUAUUUAUUUUUUUUAGUGUUUAAUGUAUAGCAAAAAAAGGGGGGUAAAUAUGUGGGAAGGAAAUCAUGGUGCUGGUGCCAGAUUUUGGGCAUCUGAGCUGGUGAAAAUGCAUGGAGCAGUUUGUAACUUCAGCUUGAGUGGAAAAUUAACAAAACAGUAGCAUGUUAUGGAAUCACCUACUGAAAACCAAAACUUAAGUUGUUUUAAUGUUGUUUUAUCUUUCUAGAACUUAUCUAGCAGUAUUUGAAAUUAAUGCGAUAUUUUAAUUGUAUAGGGACUUGAAUAAUUCUGUAUUUUAAGAAAGCUGAAAAAAGUGAUCUUUGUAAAAAAUAUUUGAUGUUUGCCCCAAAAAAAUGAAUGAAAUUUGUUGUCAUAUACAAUAUAAUCUAUAAUAAAGCAAA